AUGUCUCCAUCCCCUUUGCCAAUACUAGCGUUUUACGGCAUUUUCAUUGUGCUAUUGUCUAUUGAAACUUAUAUCGAAUUCAAGCUAUUGUCUUUUGAAUCUUAUUUAGCCUUCAAGAAAAAAGUUGAAAAAAUCAAGAUGGGAUUGAGGCUGUUUCUCUUCCUUUUACCACUGGUGGGGUUUUUGAUAGUCAAUGUCAUGCUAAUGCCAAAGAUGAGGUGGCUUCUUAUUAGAGUUCUGCAGCCCACUUAUCGACCGUUACGGCGUGAUCCGAGUUCUUCAUGGGAUCUGAUGCCUGCAUACCUAGUACGCCGUGAUCAUUGGAGUUCUCCAUGUGUUCCAACACCUGCAUACCCCGUUCGCUGUUAUCGGUGCCGAUUUUAA